ACAGAACACCGAGUCUCCGGAAACUGGGAAAACCCACUUGACGCUCUUUGAUACUGGCCCAGAUUCUACUUCUCUCGUUCGCAAUGUCUCAGCGAUGCAUGUGCCUGCUGAUCAAGUCGAGAGGGUUAUCAUUCUCUCAUUGGCACAGCGACCAUUCGGGGGGUCUACUGUCCUUUCUCAAGCACAGGACUUCGGGUGUGGCGUCGACUCAGGCACCCUGCGCUGUAGAUGUACAUCCUGACAGGCCCUUUGCUCGUGGUAUAGCUCCUGGACCCAAGUACGAUAAAGUAAUAGGUGCCCUACCACCCGAUCCUACUUUUGAGUUGAUUGAGGAGGCUGGGGGUUUGGUCGAAGCGCAUGCCGAGGCGCAUGUUGUUGCUGGAAAUACGGUCUAUGUCAGCGGUGAGAUUCCCCGCAUCACCCCAUUUGAACAAGGAAUCCUCGGUGGGAUGAGAUGGAAGGACGGACAAUGGACAGAAGAGCCAAUCGUCGGCGGCUUACAUCUGGCUACACCGGAUCUCGUUCCUCGCAUAGAGCCUACUGUACAUUUCCUCUCUGAACAGUUGAAGCCCUCACCUACAUAUAUCCUUCCUAUGCACUGCUCUGGAUUUGCAUCCAAAGUAGCACUCGAGGCUGCAAUGGGAGAGGGCUGCGUCCCUGCUGGUGUGGGCAUCACAAUAGAGGUCAUGGGCGACAAGGAGCACGAUGCACGCUUGUUUGCAUCCUCUUAUUAACGUUAUAAAACAAACAUGUAUUAUUAGAACGGAGCGAAAUAUGGG